AUGAGCGAGGCGGGCGAGGCCACCACCACCACCACCGCCGCCACCACCGCCCUCCCGCAGGCUCCGGCGGAGGCGGCCGCCGCGGUCCCCCAAGACCCCGCGCCCAAGAGCCCGGGCGGCGGCGGCGGCGCGCCCCAGGCCGCGGCCACGGCGCCCGCGGUGCUCGCCGCGGGGAACCCGGGCGGGGACGCGACCCCCGCGGCCACGGCGCCCGCGGCCCCCGCCUCUUCGGCCCCCACCGGCAACGAAGACGCGGAGAAGAAAGUUCUCGCCACCAAAGUCCUUGGCACUGUCAAAUGGUUCAACGUCAGAAAUGGAUAUGGGUUUAUAAAUCGAAAUGACACCAAAGAAGAUGUAUUUGUGCAUCAGACUGCCAUCAAGAAGAAUAACCCACGGAAAUACCUGCGCAGUGUAGGAGAUGGAGAAACUGUGGAGUUCGAUGUGGUCGAAGGAGAGAAGGGUGCCGAAGCAGCCAACGUGACUGGCCCAGAUGGAGUUCCUGUAGAAGGGAGCCGUUAUGCUGCUGAUCGGCGCCGUUACAGACGCGGUUACUAUGGCAGACGCCGUGGACCUCCCCGCAAUUACGCUGGGGAGGAGGAGGAGGAAGGGAGCGGCAGCAGUGAAGGAUUUGACCCCCCUGCCACUGACGGGCAGUUCUCUGGGGCCAGGAGUCAGCUGCGCCGCCCCCAAUAUCGCCCUCAGUACCGGCGGCGGUUCCCGCCUUACCACGUGGGACAGACCUUUGACCGUCGCUCACGGGUCUAUCCCCAUCCCAACAGAAUGCAGGCUGGUGAGAUUGGAGAGAUCAAGGAUGGAGUCCCAGAGGGAGCUCAACUUCAGGGACCGGUCCAUCGAAAUCCAACUUACCGUCCGAGGUACCGUAGGGGGCCUCCUCGCCCACGACCUGCCCCAGCUGUGGGAGAAGCUGAAGAUAAAGAGAAUCAGCAAGCGGCCAAUGGUCCAAACCAGCCCUCCGUUCGCCGCGGAUACCGGCGCCCGUACAACUACCGGCGCCGCCCCCGUCCUCCUAACGCUCCUUCACAAGAUGGCAAAGAGAACAAGGCAGGUGACGUGCCAUCCGAGAACCCUGCUCCGGCCACCGAGCAGAGCAGUGCUGAGUAA